AUGCGUGUAUUUCGCUUUGCUAUUGAUCGUGGUGGUACUUUUACCGAUGUUUACGCUGAAAUGGACGUAUUAAAUGCACAAGGAAAAGUUGUAGAUGUACAGACACACGUCAUCAAGUUAUUAUCAGAAGAUCCAGCGAAUUAUCCAGACGCACCUCGAGAAGGUAUUCGUCGUGUUUUGGAACUAAUGACUGGUCUUCCACAUCCACGUGAGAAACCUGUGGAUACAUUCAAGAUUCAAAGUAUAAGAAUGGGAACAACUGUUGCAACAAAUGCUUUACUUGAAAGAAAUGGAGAACGUAUGGUCCUUGUAACUACAAAAGGAUUUCAUGAUCUUUUAUACAUUGGGAAUCAAUCUCGUCCUAAGAUCUUUGAUCUUGAAAUCCAAAUGCCCGAUACGCUGUAUGACUCGGUGAUUGAAGUGGAUGAACGUCUACAGCUUAUAAAUAACGAGAAGGAACGUCUUGAAACAGAUGAGAAGGGGAUUAGUGGUGAUUACAUUCGAGUGAUGAAGGAUUUAGAUGUUGACGACAUUACAAAAAAACUCCAAAUCGUACAUGAUGAUGGAGUGAAAAGUGUGGCGAUUGUGUUGCUACAUUCGUACACGUUUCCACGACACGAAGAGAUGGUUCGCGAUAUUGCUAUGAAACUAGGCUUUACACAAGUAUCAUUGUCUUCUGAGGUGAUGCCCAUGAUAAAAGCGGUACCGCGUGGAUUCACGACUUGCGCUGAUGCUUACCUCACGCCGGUGAUUAAGAAAUACGUGGCUUCGUUUUGUGCUGGCUUUGGGGAAGGAUUGGAUCAGGUAAAUAUUAGUUUUAUGCAGAGUGAUGGUGGACUAGCACGAAUGAAACAUUUUCAUGGACAUCGAGCGAUCCUUUCUGGCCCUGCCGGUGGUGUGGUAGGCUAUGCACGGACGACGCGACCGCCCGAGUCGGAUGCUGCGUUUGAGCAACCUGCAGUUAUCGGUUUUGACAUGGGUGGCACGUCCACAGAUGUGUCUCGUUUUGACGGCAAGUUCGAACAUGUUCUUGAAAGCGUGACAGCCAACGUCACUGUUCGUGCGCCACAACUGGACAUUCAGACCGUGGCUGCUGGAGGUGGUUCGCGACUAUUUUACAAGAAUGGACUCUUCCUGGUUGGUCCAGAAUCCGUACGAGCGCACCCGGGUCCUGUUUGUUACCGAAAAAAUGGUUAUCUUAGUGUUACCGAUGCGAACCUUGUCACCGGACGCAUUCUGCCAGAAUUUUUUCCUAAGAUCUUUGGAGCGAACGAGGAUGAACCGCUGGACGUGGCUGGGUCAAAGCGGGCGUUUGAAGAUCUUACAAAAGAGAUAAAUGCAUUGUCAGGAACUGAUGGAGCGAAGUACACGAUGGAAGAGGUGGCGUCGGGUUUUCUGCGUGUUGCAAACGAAGCCAUGUGUCGCCCGAUUCGAAACCUUACGCAAAACAAAGGUUACGAUAUCAGUACACACAUUGUGGCAUGUUUCGGAGGUGCAGGACCACAGCAUGCUUGUUCUAUCGCAAAAGCGUUGGGUAUGUCGAGGGUCUACAUACACCGUUAUAGCGGCAUUCUAUCGGCAUAUGGCUUGAGCGUAGCAGAUAGUGUCGUGGACAAACAAUUGCCUUCCUCAGCAGAAUACUGUGCUGACGCUAAAGCUGAUUUGAUUUGCAGUUUAACGAGGAUUGCCAACAAAGCCGUAAAUGAGCUUAUUGGUGAUGGAUUUCAACGCGAAGAUGUGCAAGUGCAGUACUUUCUCAAUAUGCGGUAUGAAGGCACAGACAAUGCUGUUAUGACACGCGGCCCGGUGGGUGCUAAGGGUGAAUCCCCCACGAUAACCGCGGCCGCCCUCGCAGAAUUUGAUUUUGCUAGCACCUUUGUGAAGAAGUAUCAGCGGGAAUUUGGUUUUGUUUUACAGAAUCGGGCCAUUCUUAUUGACGACGUCCGUGUACGCGCUACAGUGUCGCCUGACCUAAGGGACGCUGCGUCGUGUGCUGAUGCCAGCGCAGUUGAUGCUGACGUCGAGCCAUGCCCGCCCCAUUCAACGACACAGUUCUACUUUGAAAAAGAAAAGGCUUGGAAGCAUAUUCCUGUCUAUCUACAUGAAAAUCUCCUCGAAAGGCGUGGUGCGAAGUACAGCGGACCGGCAAUCAUUAUGCAAGGCACUGCUACGGUGGUCGUGGAGCCUGGUUGGGUUGUGCAAAUUAUGCCAAGCGGCGAUCUAUUUCUAGUUAGCAGUGGAGAGGCUACGGGACAACAGCACGAUAGUCUACCUUUGCGCUCUGAAGAUGUCCUGCUCGACCCCAUUCAGCUCUCGGUAUUCUCGCACCGAUUCAUGGGAAUUGCUGAACAAAUGGGCCGUACAUUGGCACGUACGUCAGUCUCUGUAAACAUUAAAGAGCGUUUGGAUUUCUCGUGCGCUUUGUUUGGUCCCGAUGGUGGACUUGUCGCAAAUGCACCGCAUCUUCCUGUCCACCUUGGGGCUAUGCAGCAAGCUGUGCGUCAUCAACUCAAGUUUUGGGGCGAUGAUCUUAAUGACGGAGACGUUUUGGUCUCGAACCACCCACAGCUUGCGGGUGGCUCGCAUCUACCCGACAUUACUGUCAUAACUCCUGUUUUUGACCAAACGAGCGGGAAAAUUGAGUUUUUUGUGGCUAGUCGUGGGCAUCACGCUGAUAUCGGUGGCAUUUCGCCUGGAUCAAUGCCUCCAUUGUCAAAGACGCUGUCUGAAGAAGGCGCGGCUAUUGUGGCUUUCAAGCUGGUUGAAGGCAAGGUUGGUGAGUUUCGUGAGAAGGGUAUUACAGACAUUCUGUUGCAAAAGGGACGUGUGGAUGAUCAGGGUCGACCUUGCAUUGGUACACGCAACUUGCGCGACAAUCUAUCUGACCUUCGCGCACAGGUGGCAGCCAACCAGCGCGGUGUGGUGCUGAUGCAAAGCCUUUGUGCCGAAUAUUCCUUGCCAGUUGUUACCGCCUACAUGAACUAUAUCCAGCACGCAGCAGAGAUCGCGGUGCGCAAUAUGCUGCAUGAAUUUUCGCUGCAGAAAGAGCUGCCUGAAGUUGGCGUAGUGUGCGCUGAAGACUUCAUGGAUGAUGGCACGAGAAUUGCUCUAAAGAUCUCGAUUGAUCGCCGCUCCGACUCGGCUGUGUUCGAUUUUAAUGGUACUGGACCAGAAGUGUUUGGGAACGUAAACACGCCUCCUGCAGUUACUUACUCUGCUAUCAUCUAUUGUCUGCGCUGUUUGCUUCCUGGCGAAGACCUUCCGCUCAACCAAGGCUGCUUAACGCCAAUUGAGGUGCGUUUCCCGCGCGACGGCAGCAUACUUAACCCAAGUGACAAUGCUGCUGUCGUUGGUGGGAACGUACUUACUAGUCAACGUAUCACCGAUGUGAUUCUCAAGGCGUUUGGUGCAUGUGCGGCUUCUCAAGGCUGCAUGAACAAUCUCACAUUUGGCAGCGCUGCAUUAGGCGGCUACUAUGAGACAAUUGCUGGUGGCGCUGGUGCUGGCCCGUCUUGGAAUGGCCGCAGUGGAAUUCAUACGCAUAUGACUAACACGCGUAUUACGGACCCUGAAAUUCUGGAGAAGCGCUUCCCUGUUCUUCUUCGUGCGUUUCACCUUCGCAAAGGAUCGGGUGGGGCUGGCAAGUUCUAUGGUGGCGACGGUGUGGUGCGUCAGCUGGAAUUUCUGGAGGCUAUGACUGUUAGUAUUCUUUCGGAACGCCGUGCCUUCCAGCCCUAUGGUCUGGAGGGUGGUGAACCUGGUGCUCGUGGCCUCAACUUGCUCUUGCGCCAUGGUCGAAUUGUUAAUCUUGGUGGCAAGAACACGGUGGACGUAGUGCCAGGUGAGAUCUUGACGCUGUACACGCCUGGCGGUGGCGGUUUUGGGGUUGCCAACGAAGCGGCUGUGCGGCUUAGAGAGAGCAGUUGA